AUGGAGGAGGAUGGGUUUCGGGAGAUGAACAAGGCGGAAAUCGACACGCGGGCCCCAUUUCGUUCGGUUAAAGAGGCAGUCAUGUUGUUCGGGGACAGGGUUCUCGCUAGCGAGGUCUAUGGGAGCAGACUCAAACAGAUGCAUGAAGGGACGGCGGUCAUCGGAAAAUAUACAAAUGUGAAGGUCGACGAGUUAGAAGAAGCAAAACAAAGCCUCCGAAAAGCGCGCGAGGAAAGCAUGGAAAUGGCCACAACACUUUUUUUCUUACAACAAGAGCUCGAGAGGACCAGAAUCGAGCUUCAACAAUUGAAGACAUGUGAAUUAUGGGACCAUAAUAAAGAUCAUCAUAGGCAUCGGAUUGAGUUGGACUCGGACUUGUUAGAAGAAGUCAAGUUUGUUGAAGAAGACACAAAUGCGGGACUUAUGAUAACAGAGACCGAUCAUAGGAUGAUCAUCGACAAUUGUGACCGUAAUUAUAAAUCCGAUUCGCAAAGGAAAAAAUACGUGAGAUUCGCAAAUCCUCCUUGUGUGGCGCAAAUAGUUUUGCCGAAUCACGCGGGUGAUGAUGAGAGUGUGUUCCAAAGACAAAGCUCUAUCAAGAAGAAGAAAAAGAAGCAAGUUGCUGAGUUUAUUAGAGUCCUCAAUUGCUUCUUUAUGAUGUGA